ACAGGGAAAAUGUCCCUAACGAAAACGUUUGUAUCGUACGCGCAUGUCACCUAAAAAUGGAAGAUCCUGGCUUAACAGAAGGAUGACGUGUUAUUUCGGGUCCUUUUGACUUCCUGGUCGGUGAGCAAAGUGGAAAAGGAAAACAGGCGAUUGAAAAAUGUCUAAGGUAACGUUUAAAAUCACGCUUACAUCGGACCCCCGGCUACCUUAUAAAGUAUUGAGCGUGCCAGAAAGUACGCCGUUCACAGCCGUUUUAAAGUUUGCGGCAGAAGAGUUCAAAGUACCAGCAGCGACCAGUGCCAUUAUUACAAAUGAUGGCAUUGGGAUUAACCCAGCUCAGACAGCAGGAAACGUGUUCCUGAAACACGGCUCGGAGCUCCGGAUCAUUCCCAGAGACAGAGUGGGAAGCUGCUAGCCGCAAACCGCUACGGGAAAGGAGUGGGAAUGGGAUCAUGUCUGACAUUUGCUAAAGAGAACGGAAACAAAAAACACAAAACCCCGUUAUUUAUUUUUUUGGGGCCCUGAAAUGACUCCUCUCGCACGUUGGCAGUUCGGUUCCGUGAUGUGUCGUUACGCUUAGCCGACCUGGACUGACCCCCCACAGGCUGCACAAAGAUACUCCCACACAUUUUUUUUUCGACAUUCAGACAUACACGUACAUGGAGGAGAGGCUGGGGAGAAUGCUUACCAGACACGUUGAAUAUUACAUUUCACGGCCGCCUGUAGCGGCUGGAACGGUUAGAUGGACAGGAGAGCGGCGUAGUUGAACGUGAACGUGUUCAGGUCAAACGCAGCCUGUGAUUGGCCGAGCCAUGGCGUUUGGCGUCUCCCUCCAGAUGUAAAUAAGGAAACCUUUUGGGAAAACCUUGUUGUGACGCCCCAUCACUAUUACACUUGUUUUGUGCUGAAGUUUACUGUCAAAGAGCGUUUUCUGUAUUUACUUUUAACAAGUGGCUUUGGCUUUUCUCUCUUGUCUAACAAACUGAUAGAAUUACUUGUUGCUGGUAGAAAAGCCUGUAUAGUAUUAAACGCUUCUUAACAGCGUCCUAACACGCCAAUUUGUCACAUAAAAAUGGACGUGUAACAAUCAUAGAAACUUAUUCCAGGGUCCCUUCAUUUAAUUUCAGUUAAUGUCAUUAUGAAAAUGUGAUUUUUUUUUGUUCGUUUAAUUUUACGAAAUACAAUUAAACAUUAUGG